GAACAGACGACAAAUCUGUUUGUUUCGUAAAGCAAAAAACAGUCGCAAUUGCGGAAAAGGCUAAAUUUCCCCGUUGUUUAAUAUUUCUUCGUAAAGAAACCGUGCCCAUCGAAUAACUUCGACAAUCGUGCAGCGAAAAUGGGAGCAGUCUUGGGUCUGGUAUCAGCAGCCAAUCUGGCUUGCUGUUGCACGGGAACGGCGUGCUCUUUGUGCUGCUCGCUAUGCCCUUCGUCGCUGAAGUCCAACUCAACGGCCACCCGUUUCAUGUACGCUCUGAUGCUGGUGCUCGGUGCUAUCGUGGGGGCCAUCAUGUUAGCACCCGGCCUUCAAGAUCUGCUGAAGAAGGUGCCGUUCUGUGCGAACUCCACUUCUUCCGCGUCGCACAUUAUACCGAGCGGUGAAACGAUCGAUUGCAGCUCGGCCGUCGGUUACCUGGCUGUGUACCGUAUAUGUUUCGCGCUCGUGUGCUUCUUUGCCCUCUGGGCGGUCAUGAUGCUGAACGUGCGAUCAUCGAAGGACCCUCGAGCCUCGCUGCAGAACGGGUUCUGGGGUAUCAAGUUUAUGAUCGUGGUCGGGAUCGCGAUCGGAGCGUUCUUCAUCCCGGAGACGGGCUUCGGUCCGGCUUGGAUGUGGGUUGGUCUGAUCGGUGGCUUCGCGUUCAUUCUGGUGCAGCUGGUGUACAUCAUCGACUUUGCGCACAAUUGGGCCGACGCCUGGGUGAGCAACUACGAGGAGGAAGAGUCCCGCGGCUGGUUCGCGGCCCUCUGCUGCGCCACCGGUAUCCAGUACGUACUCUCGCUGACCGGCGUGGUGCUGCUGUACGUUUACUUCACGCAAUCGUCGAACUGCUCCCAGAAUACGUUCUUCAUCACGAUCAACAUGAUCCUGUGUGUCGGCGUGAGCAUCAUGUCGAUCUGGCCCAACGUCCAGGAGUUCCAGCCCCGCUCGGGACUACUGCAAAGCUCGAUGGUAACCCUGUACACGAUUUAUCUAACGUGGUCGGCCGUCGCCAACAAUCCGGACCUGGAGUGUAAUCCCGGCUUUCUCGGUAUCAUCGGUGAAAAGUCGAGCCGGGUACACUUCGACAAAACGAGCAUCAUCGGCCUGGUCAUCUGGUUGCUGUGCAUUCUCUACUCGUCCAUGCGUUCGGCCAGCAACGUUUCUCGGUUUUCCGAUCCCGAAAAGCAAGAUCUUACAGCCACCCUCAGUGACGAUGGUUCCGCUGGCCAUGGCAGCAGUGGUCAUGAGGUUCGUGACAACGAAGAAGAAGCCGUCGCUUAUAACUGGUCCCUGUUUCACGUUGUUUUCAUUACGGCCACCCUCUACGUAAUGAUGACCCUUACCAACUGGUAUCAACCAAACUCUUCGCUGGACACUCUCAAUGCAAACGCUGCGUCCAUGUGGGUGAAGAUCGUGUCCAGCUGGAUGUGCAUCGCCAUCUACGGCUGGACACUGAUCGCCCCAAUGGUGCUCAGCGAACGUGAAUUCAACUAGGAACCCCACCACGGUGCGCCAUCGGCGGUGCUAUAUUAAUAUCAGCUUCAAUAAUCUUUGCGAUCUUUAAAACUGGAUCCCAAUUAUGUUUUCUUAAUAAUGCACUACAUGUGAUAGGCACGAGUUUGUGAAGAAAUAGAACGAAAGCCAACGUUGGCUAAAUAUGGAACGAGGCGUUAAAUGUGGUUCGAGGACGAGGACAGGAAUAUUCAUUGAAUUACUCUGAACAAACCACAUUUUAAAGUUUAUUUUGAAAUGUCAACAUCAUUUCAUCCUUUCAAGCUUGAUGUUACAUUCUCUAACUCGUCCGGUAGCAGUGCAGCUUUGUCUAACGUUGUGUAUUAUACAACCAAAAAUGUAAACAAAACACUUAAAUAAAUUCCACAGUUCAGUAGG